GAAAAACAAAAAGGGGCGACGCUGCUCUCGCGUUUCGAACCGCUGGUUCGCGCAGCAUCAUCAGCGGAGGAGAGCAGCUCCGACGCCAGCGGCCAUGGUGCUGCGACAGCCUCCGCCGCCGCGCAUCGUCGUCGCCGUCGUCGCCGGGACAGCCGCGCCGUCGCGGGGCUGCCGCGGAUGACCGCCCCGACCCCUGCAACCUGUUGAUUCCAGCCGCCGCUCCGACGCCGAUCGACGACUGCUGGUCCCGCCUUCUCGGCUCGCUCGCCCGCUGUUUGCUGCUGCUGCUGCUGUGCUCCCGGACGACCCGUUCUGCCGCGCCGAGCCCCCCCCGCGUGUUGUGGCAGCCGCAGCGUGGCGGCGGGGGAGGAUGCUGACUCGCUGCGGCGCACGGUGGUGCGACGAGGCUGCCGGCGGCGCCCAUGACGGAGAGGCGCGUGUCGGUGCGCGAGCGCGCCCGCGAACUCGAAGCCCUCGCGGCGAGGGAGGCAUCGCCGCAGCUGGCGCACAGGGCGCGCCUGGCCCGCAGGCUCGGGCUGACGCGCGCCGACUCGGAGCCCGGUGCCGAGGGCGGCCGCGCGGGCCCGUGCCACUGCUGCUCGCAGCCUGCCGACGAAUGCCUGUGCAGCGGCGACGGCGGCGGCCGGCUGUUGUCCGUGCCGCACGUGCCGCGCAAGAAGGCGUCAGCACCGGCCAUCACUCCGCUGCGGGGCGCCCCGAGCGGUGGUCUCGUGGCCGACGAGGGCUCGAGCUGCGCCGACAUCCGGAUGGCUUGGGAGUCCCUGUGCGCCGCAGCGGCGCAGGGGCCCGAGGCUAGCGGCGCUAUUUCGGAUGAGCCCCGCGACGAGAAUAGCGCGCCUAUCUUGGGCGCGGCGCAAGGUGACUCGGCGCGGGGCCCCCUGGACGCGAUCCUGCAGUCCCUGGAGGAGAUCUGCAGCCAGCUGGAGGAGGCGCCCGGCGGCCAUGCGCCCGUGAUGCUGCCGGACGCCGGCGAGGCGGCGUCCCGGCUCAACCCGCGCUGCGCCCGCUCGCAGCCCAGCUCGCCCCGCGUGCGUGCCAAGCCUCAGCUGCCGGCCUACCUGACGCUGGCCCGCCGCACCCGCCAUGACGACGCGCUAGAGAUCGAGCAGAUCAAGACGAUACUGGCCUCCAUCGACUUCUCGCGCUAUCGCAAGAAGCGCGGCGGCGGCGCGCUGGUCGACGAGGGUCGCACCGCCAUGUCCGAGCAGGCAGCCCUGCAGGGUUCCCGGCUGCGGGAGCUGACCGAGAAGCUCAAGAGCCCCGUCGGUGCACCCGGCAGGCCCUCGGAGUCGUGGAACCGAAGGCCCGCCCCGGUGUGCCGCAGCGCUUCCUUCUCGACGUCCGACCUGCCGUCAGUGCCCACGAUCCCGCGGGAGUCGCUGACGCUGCCGCGCAAGGCCCCCGCUUCCAGGCCCCUGACGGGACGCGGUGGCGCCAGGGACGCUGCUAGGGUAGCCCUGGACGAUGUGGCCAUGUCCAGCCUGUCGCUGGACUCGGCCGUCGAGUCGAUUGUGGACGAGACCCCGUACCAGCGCGAGGCUUCCCCGCCCGCGGCGGCGGCGGCGGACAAGCGGCGCGUCCAGCGCGGCUGCCGCUUCGCACCUCUGGACGACGACGGCAGCCGCGGGCCGCCACAGCCCCCCGAGAAGCGGAAGCGGCGCAAGGGGCUGGCGCCCGUCGAGGGCCCCAAGAAGGAGACGGGCCGCUCGCUCACCUACCCGCCGCAGCGGAAGACGGCCGAGCAGGAGCUGGCCUUCGGCUCGGUCGACAGCAACGGCCUCAAGGCGCUCGGCGGCCGACCCGAGAAGCAGCCGAGCGACCUGUCGCUCGCCGACAGCCACUUCUGCCCGAGCGAAGCGCUGGGCGAGGAGACGUUCGGCGACGUGGUGCAGAGCCUGUCCUCGCGGCCCGAGCAGCCCGAGCCGCGGCAGGAGAAGAGUCAGAAGAAGAAGCACCUCUCCGAUCCCAGCGCCGACAACACGGGCGCCGCCACCGAGCUGUUGCUGGGCGCGUGCUGCCGCAGCGAGCCGCAGCUCUCCUGCCCCGGGGCCCUGCACAAGCGCCAGCACUCGGGACCCGCCGCGCUGAGCCGCACCCCGGUGCCCGCGCCGCCUCCACCGCCGCCCUUGUCGGACUCGGAGCGCGCCACGUCGGACACCGAGCGCACCUGUAGCCCACAGCGGCGGUAUUCCAAGAAGCGGCUCCGCGGGCCAUACGGGGAGAUGCUCGAACAGGAGAUGCGCAAGACCGGCGAGAAGCAAAAGACCGCCUUCUGCGAGGAGCUCAGCUUUCUCCUGCCGGCCGAGAAGCCCGCCGCUUCUCAGACAUCUUCCGCGGUGCCAGCGACGACUCCGGCGACGACAUCGACGACGACGACUUGUGGUGGUGCCAAGUUGAUCGCAACGAACGCACCGACGAUGGCGGCUCGGUCCAGGCCCGCGCACCUGUCCAACAGCCUCUCGCUGGACGACACCCAGCUCAAGAGUUCCACGGCGUCUCUAGAGGCUGUGCCCGAGGCCUCCGCUCCGCGGCGAAAGAUCAGCGCCAACUACCCGCUUACGGGUUCCGACACUGCUUCCUUGCUGGUGUGCCACAACGCGGACGAGACUGCCGCCGCGGGCAAGGCGCAGCCCGUGUCGUGGUUGACGGCGGGCGGCGCCGACUCCGGUGCGCGGACGACGCCCACGCCGUCACCCGUGCCGCCGUCUCCGCAGCUGAGCGGCGCGCCCGAGAGAGUGGCUGCCGCCCACCACGAACGAUCCCACAGCAGCCCCGCCACGACGUCGGAUGGCUCGCCGUUGCUCGUCAGGACGGGCUCGUUGCGACGUCAUCAGGACACACGAACUCAUGUCGUCGGGGAGCUCUACGACACCGAGAAGUCGUACGUGGAGAGCCUCCAGAUUCUGGUCAAUAAGUACAUGCGUCCGCUGAAGAGCCCGGACACUGCGGGCACGGUGGACAGCAGCCUGGUGGACGAGAUCUUCUACAUGAUCCCCGAGAUCCUGAGCCACCACGAAGCAUUCCUCGAGGUGCUCCGCCAGAGGCUUUCCUGCUGGGACACCCGCCAGAAAGUGGGCGACGUCUUUGUCGAAGCGUUCACUAAACAGCCUGUGAUAGACACCUACACUGCAUUUAUCAACAACUGGAAGUCAGCGAAGGAGGCCAUCAAGAUGGCAACUCAGGCAAAGCCUGCCUUUGCCAAGUUCCUUGAGAACACAUCGAGGGAGCACAAAGGCAAAUUAGCCCUGGAUGCCCUUCUUAUCAUGCCAGUGCAGAGGAUACCUCGUUAUGAACUUCUUAUAAAGGAGCUGAUAAAGCACACACAGCACGACCACCCUGAUCACCAGCUGCUGGUACUGGCACAGAAAGAAGUACAUGAACUGGCACUCAAGAUCAACCGUAUGGAGCGAGAGGCAUUUCAGCAUGAACAGAUGCAGCAGAGGGUCCGUGAUAUUGAGCAGCUCAUCGAGGGUGUCAUUGAUCUCGUCCAGCCAGAUCGGACAUUCAUUCGUUAUGACUUUGUGACAAUACCUGGUGGCCUCGGCACAAAAAAAGACAGAUGCCUUUUCUUGUUUUCCGACCUUUUGCUGAUCACGAGCAUAAAAAGAAAGAGUGGGACGAUGCGGAAAACAUCACCUUCUUCGAGUUCUCCGGCUGGUUUUGGAUUCUCUGUGUUUGAUAUGAACAAGUACAAACUGCUACUUAGAUUUUCCCUUGACAACCUGGACAUAUUAAAAUCUGCUGAUGUGGGACUUAAAAGGGCCAUACGAGAAGCGGAAAACUUGGAAGAAGACAUGUCUGUUAUAACACAGAUAUCCGAGCUUGCCUCUCGACUGAACUGCCCUCAUCAGACCCUGGAUGAUGCAGUAAAAGAAAUUACAAAUUGCUUGAACAAGCAGCUUGCUGAGCGGCAAAGCUAUGACUUGCAGCUUCUGAACUUGCAGCUCUCAGUAACCACUCCAGAGGGUGUUGAGAACAUAGCCAUUAUAUUCCCUUCCACGGAGAAACGGUCCUCGUGGGAAGUUGCCUUCAAUGAAGCCAAGCAGAAACUUGCGCUGUCCACAGACCGGCGGCCACCCCCAGAGUUCCUGCAUCCUGUGCCAAUCCGCAAGACUCGGGCGGGACUGCAGUUCACGUGCGCAGUGGCCACCCUGGGCCUCAAUGCCCAUGGCCUGCGAGACGUUUGGGUCUGCAACAGCGAUGGCUACGUGGGCCAAGUGUGUGUGCUCAGCCUCCAACCGGAGCCCACGGUCAUGUCCUGCAAUGGUGUCUGCAAUGCCCGCAUCCUCUGCAUCGCUUCCAUCCCAGCGGCCAGCCCAGUGUUGUCGUCAAUGGGACGCAGGAAGUCACUUGUACCUGAAUCAAAUGCGCUUGCUAGCACAGACGCAGAGAGCAAGGAGCAGGAGUCCGCAGCAGCCCAGCCAAACAACAAUGGCAACAUACAGCUUGACAGUGAAUCUAGUGAAGAUGAAGAGGAGGAAGAAGAGGCAAACAGUGAAUCUCAAGAAGAAGAACAUCAAACAAAGCCACAGGAAAGCUCUAAAGUGCCAAAGGAAGAAGUUGAAGAAACUGACAAUCACUUUCCUACCAUGUGGUUAGGAACUGAAGAUGGCUGCAUCCACGUCUAUAAUUGUAAUGAUAAUAUCAGGAUAAAGAAGAACAAGAUGAAGGUGCAGCACUCAGCAGCAGUUCAUUGCAUCAUAUACCUUGACAACCGUGUAUUUGUAUCAUUGUCAAGUGGGGAAAUUGCAAUCUACAGAAGAGAGCCUGGAGGUGGGUGGAACACGAGCGAUCCUCAGAAAGUUCAAGUGGGAAGCAGUGUGGCACCAGUGCUGCGAAUGCUGGCUGUUGCUGGGAAGUUAUGGUGCGGCUGCCAAAACUACAUCAAGGUUCUCAGCACUGCAUCCUUAGAAGUAGAGCAUUCUUUCCAAGUAAGCAGCGACUCAUCACGAGCUGUGCUGUGUAUGGUAACAUCCGGCCUUGGUGUCUGGCUGGCCAUCCAGCAUAGCGCGGUCAUCCGGCUAUUCCACGCCACCACUUACGAGUGCCUGCAGGAUGUGAACAUUGCACCUGCUGUAACCAAAAUGCUUUCAGCAUGUGAUGACAUAAUCCGACAGCACAAAGCGGCGUGCCUCCGGGUCACUGCCCUGCUGGCCUGCAAGGACCUGCUCUGGGUUGGCACCAGUGCGGGUGUGCUGCUCACCCUCCCCCUCCCCCAUCUCACCUCGAGCACCAGUCGUUUGGGCAGCCUGCCCAACAUUGUCGGCGUGCCUCACGGUCACACGGGCCACGUACGGUUCCUGACGGCUGUGGAGACGACGGAGCCCGCGGGGAGCCGGCACCACCACCACCGGUCACUGCGGUGCUCGCGUGACAGUGGCGCCGCGUCAGCAUCGGUGGCAGCUUCGAUGGCCGGCAGGAGGGCAUCCCUCACGCCGGCCGCGGGCUGCCGCCUGUUGAUCAUCAGCGGCGGCGACGGCUACGAGGACUUCCGCAGCGCCGGACUGAGCGAGGCCGCCGGCCGAGACGACAGCACCAACCACCUCUUGCUGUGGCAAGUGUGAUGACGACGAGGUCUCGCGGAUCGCGCCUGUGGGAACUCACCGUAGUGCAGGGUCACGGGGAACAGCCUCUCGGAGCACCACAGCCGACUCACUUAUUCGCCUAGCCUGUGGUUAGUUACAAGCGGCUUAUGUGUACCAGAAGUAUGGUAUUUGCCUUUGACGGCAAGGCUGUUUUCUUGCACUCAGUUUAGCAUAGCUGCUGAAAUGCCACCUCACUCUCAAGCUUUGUUAGAGAUUAUGAUCGGAAUUUCCUAAUGAAAUCUGAAUGAGCAUACCUACAUAUAGUACCUGUUCUUGAGGGCCAUAGUGUGCCGUUAUUGGUGCAGAGGCUGGUGUUGAGAGAAUGGCAACUAGCCAAGAAAGCAGCAAAGGCAGUGCUCUGUAGUCUCAAGUUCUCAGUUGCCGCGUGAAAAAAUCUGGUUUUCAUGACAGUGAGCAGAAGCUGGAAGGGGAUGAAUGAAGAGAGCACACAGUGUGUUAACAUUUCGUGCUUUCCAUGAUGAACCCAGUUUUUCACAUCGUCGCUCAUUUUUUCGCAUAUGUAUUCAAAUCUCUACUUUCCUCACCUCAUGUCUACACCAGAGUUUGUGUAUUGAAUUAAAAAAAAAGUGACUUUGAAAAAUUUAAUUGCUUGCAACCUGACACUGAAC